GCCCGCCUCUGCUGCGACCCGCCGAACCCGCGGGCAGUCGAGCCGCCAGCGACGCCCUCUGAGCCCCGUGUGCCCGGGCGGGGGGCCAUGCCGUGCCGGAGGGAAGAGGAAGAGGAAGCCGGCGAGGAAGCGGAGGGGGAGGAGGAGGAGGAGGAAGACAGCUUCCUCCUGCUGGAGCAGUCGGUGACGCUGGGCGGCUCGGGCGAGGUGGACCGGCUGGUGGUCCAGAUCGGCGAGACGCUGCAGCUGGAGCCGGCGCACCACAGCCCGGCCUCCCCGUGCGCGCCCCCGGGGCCUCCGCUGCAGCCCCCGCGGCCGCCCUCGGCAGCGCUGGCGGCGGACAAGGCCGGGCCCCCGGCGGUGCCGCUGCUGCUGGGGCCGGCGUCGGCCGAGACGGGGGCCCCGGCGCCCCCUGGGGCCCUGCGCUGCGCUCUCGGGGACCGAGGCCGCGUGCGGGGCCGGGCGGCGCCCUACUGCGUGGCGGAGCUCGCCGCAGGCCCCGGAGCGCUGUCCACUCUGCCCCCUCAGCCUGGCCUGGAUGGGCCUCCGGGAGCUGGCAAGCAAGGCAUCCCGCAGCCGUUGUCUGGGCCGUGCCGCCGAGGAUGGUUCCGGAACGCCGCCUCGUCCCGCCGCCUACCACAGCGACGCGGGUCCCAGCCAGAAACCCGCACCGGAGAGGACGACCCGCACCGGCUCCUGCAGCAGCUGGUGCUCUCAGGAAACCUCAUCAAGGAGGCGGUGCGCAGGCUUCAUUCGCGAGGGCUACAGUUACACGCAAAGCUUCCUCAGUGCCCGCCCCCGGGGCCUCUGUCGGCCCCCGCGCACGAGCCCCCGUCGCCCCGAAGCCCUCGUCCAGCCUGCAGUGACCCUGGCGUGUCCGGGCGGAGGGCGCAGCUCCGAACUGGAGAUGGCAUGCUUGUCCCUGGCAGCUAACAGCCAGGGUGGCCCCGGCGCCAGCCUCUGAUCGGGGGACGGGGGGAGAGGGGGAGAGGGUGCCAGAAGCUUCUCUCGAGGGCUGCAACCCAGUUCGGGCCGGUGGACAACGUGUGCUUUUUGGAAGCAGCAAACAAUAAUAAUAUAAUAAGCUUAACGAAGACGGAGAACCUAAACGCGAAUAUUUUCAUGUACAACCAAGGUUGAGGGCCAGCAUCUGUUUGAAAUCCGAGGACCCUGGGAACCUUGCCUGAGGCAGCUCUUAGGGCGCAGCACCCCAACCUCUCAGUCAGUAAGACUCCUUAUUUGGAGUGACACAACCUGGCGGCGCGGCGCGCGGCUCUGCGCAGACUCUCCCGCUGCCAGCCCGGCGACCACGUGGCCAUGUCGGGCUUCUCCGGCCGCCUCACCCCGGGACGACGGAGGGUCGUCGCCGUUUAUUUAUUUGACCUUUUCAGGACUGGUUCCUGAGUAGACGAUAAUGUAGGGAGCACCCCUAAAAUGCCAGGCUUGAAUAUCUACCCCACUUAAAAAACUUAUCUCGUGUCAAUUGGGGUGGACGGGGAGGGGGAACUGCUUUUUAAUACAGAACGUGGGGUACAACGAAAGGAUCCCCUUGGGGUUCAACAGGAGGAACGUUUUUCUCUGUUCCAUCUUUGCAACUGUUGCCAUUAUCAAAGUGCUGGGGAAGACUGUGCCAGGAGUGGGCAUGGGAGGCGGGGACGGGGUGGGGGGAGGGCGUUGGGUGGUGGAAGGCUAAGAUAAUGUUUCUGAAGCCCUUCACCCCUCCUCGAGUUCAAGGUCACUGUUUGGUGGGCGCUUCUGGUGUGCUCAGGGCUCUGGCAGGAAGAGUAACCAUGUCCGCUUAUGCUGGUUAGAAAAAGUGUGGAGCGUCCCGAGGACACGCAUGGGGAAGGGACGCGCUGGGCGCCCGAGUGACCACCGCCCCUUGUCCUACUCGGGGCUUUCACAGAAACUGCCCUGAAACGUGUCCCCGAGUCCCUCCCCCUCGGCUCUGCUGCCCUGCUCAAGUGGGUGGCGCUGGCGGAUCCUGGGGGCCCCCCCGGGCAAGGGGCUAAGGAGGCACCACCACGUGAUGGGCACUCCAGGGACAUACAGCCUUGCAUAGCAGCUUAUAAUGGGCUCUCCGGGGCCAUUUGCAAUAACAGCUGCAAUUCCCUGGAUAGACGGAGUUGAUUUCCUCCCUCUGCCCCUCCCCCGGCCAUGCCAGCUCGCCUUUGUAAGUAAAGGAAACCGAGUAGAAAAUGUGACCCUCCUAACGGAGAAGCUGCAGGCUUUGCUGCGGUGACCAUGGUGAAGCUGGGAAAUACUGUUCUGUCUGAGCGUGCUAAGACCAUUGUGUUUUAGUUUUACAGAGAGUCGGCUCAGCCUUGACUCCUCUUGCUCAGUAUCCAGAUGUGACUAUUGACGUAUCUACACUUCGCACCGGAGUGUCUGCAAUUGUGGCUGUCCUGAUUAUAGGAUUUUAACUUAACUGAGAUAACUGUUUUUGAAUAAAUGUGUUGGAAUUUUUUGUU